UAAUGUAGUGGAUAAACCCUAUAUAUAGGACACUUUUCAUGCAAAGAAGAACAUGCAAUGCUUGCGAAGAACCUUCUUAAUAUAGCAUAAGCACAAGGCCAUGGGUGUGAUCUCAUCAAAAUGGGUUUCUUUUCUUCUGCUUUUCUUGUGCAUUGUCCUUCAUUUGAGUGCAAUCAGCCUUAGUGAUGACAAGCUUGACAAAACUAGAUAUCAAGACGAUGAUUGUAGGUGGAAUCCAAGACGUUGUGGAGGCCGCUUUGGUCGUGGACGUGGGGGAGGACUAGGAGGUGGUGGUGGUAGAGGUGGUGGCUUUGGUGGUGGUGGUGGAGGAGGUGUUGGAGGUGGAGGUGGUCAUGGUGGAGGAUUUGGGGCUGGAGGAGGUGUAGGUGGUGGAGCUGGAGGUGGUGCUGGUGGAGGUGGUGGUUUUGGUGGAGGUAGUGGAGGUGGUGUUGGUGGUGGGUCAGGACAUGGUGGAGGCUUUGGAGCUGGAGGAGGGGUAGGAGGUGGAGCUGGAGGUGCUGGUGGUGGUGGAGGAGGUGGAGGAGGAGGUGGUGGCGGUGGUAUUGGUGGUGGUUCAGGUCAUGGUGGGGGCUUUGGAGCUGGAGGUGGUGUAGGUGGUGGCCUUGGAGGUGGUGCUGGAGGAGGUGGUGGUGGAGGUGGUGGAGGAGGUGGAGGUCUAGGUGGUGGAUCAGGCCAUGGUGGUGGCUUUGGAGCGGGUGGAGGUCUAGGAGGUGGAGGUGGUGGAGGUUUAGGUGGUGGUGCCGGUGGAGGUGGAGGUGCAGGAGGUGGGCAUGGUGGUGGAGCUGGUGGAGGAUUUGGAGUUGGGAUUGGCAUUGGUGUAGGAGUUGGGGCUGGCGCCGGCCACGGGUCUGGAAGUGGUUCGGGUGGUGGUGGUGGCGGACGCUAAACAUGCUUUACCUUGGAAACCAAGCUUUUUGGCAAUAUGAAAUGGACAAUGCAAGUAAACUAGAAAAAUAUCAGCUUGAAUUCUAAUUAAAGCAUCUUUUGUUAUGUCAGUUUCUACGCUUAAAGUUGUAAACUUGUGUCUCAUAAAUUUCUCCUUGGUGCUUCCCAAUUACUAGGAUUUAUGUAUUGUCACUAAGAAAUUAAUUCGCAAUAAAGCCCUUCUUUUCUGUGUU